UGUCUUAGGUGAUUAUCAGCGGAACUUGCCGUGCCUAAAAGUGCUUUUUGAGAAUUCCUGGUUUUCACGCACUUGGCCAGUGCAAGAGGUUGCUUUUUCUCAUGAGUGUAAGAUCAUUUCUGGCAAAUAUUCGAUAUCCGUAGACCAGCUCAUGCACUUCCUCACAUUAGUCAAAGACUACACGAGGGUGGACUACAGUCUGGACAGAACACAGGUACAUCGACAGAUGUGGAGGUACAUUCGACAUGUGCGUCUGUACAAACCUCAUCGUCCCUCAGCAGACACGAUGGAGAGCAGUUCUCGGGAGGCUUUGCAGACCGCCCUGCCGAAAACAAAACUCACCAAUUGCACGGCAAUGCUUCUGCGAACACGGAAACUUGACGCCACUGACCCUAGAGACAAGAUAUUCGCAAUCCAUGGCUUACUUUUAGUUUUGGGAGCAUGUUUGCCAAAUCCGGACUACUCGAAAUCGACCGAAAAAGUCUAUCGGGAGGCUGCCGCUGCCGCUAUAGCUCACGACGCUCGACUGCACAUCCUUGGAUCGAUCACAGGCGAGAGCCUGAUCAAAGACCUUCCAUCAUGGGUGCCUGAUUGGUCUUGCAACCAACCCAUAAGUGAAAUAGCAUCAUGGGACGACUACGUUGUACUAUCAGAGCCGGAAACAAUGUUGCGCAUAUCGGUAAUCGAUGGAAGUCGCCUAACACUUGGGGGUGUAGAAGUGGACACGAUUCAAGAGCAUUCGGUUGCUUUCCCCGAUCGCUACCAUGACAAUCGAAUAAGUGAGAUAAAGACACUGCUAGGAUCGUUGAAUAUGCUAGAGAAACAUUGUCAGCACAAGGGUCCAGUAGAAUUCUUUUCUGGUCUCAUAAAAAAACCGUGGCCGCGUACACGGAGUCCGCUGAAAAUGUUCGCGAAAGAUUUUUCUGUCCAAGUACUAUCAGCAUAUUGGAUUAAAGGCCUCAAACGUUUCGAAGAAAAUUCUGAUACUCUUCCAAACGCGCGAUACAGUGCCUCCGAUAUAGGGUACUGGGCAGGCAAAUGCGCUCAGGAGGACGGUCUUACACUCGGUGGCGAGUACAUUGGAGGGGAUGUCCGGUUCUUUCAUAAGCUCAUGCGAUCACUUUUGGACCGCAAAGUCAUGUUCAGAACCGAAAGAGGUUAUCUGGGAAUCGCAUCUCGAGCUCUUCAAAUUUCCGAUCGUAUCGUCUAUUUUCAGGGGGCCAGUGUGCCCAUGCUCAUUCGGAAAGUCGAGUCGAAUUGGCGGCUGGUUGCACCGGCUUAUAUACAGGACGGUAUGUUGGAGGAUAAAACCAACAAGCUUCUAGCUUCAGCAGGACCAGAUCUAAAUUGGAAGGAGUAUGUUCUGGUUUAGUAGGAGCCGUCGUAUGGACGAUUGACGAGGAUGACACCUACUGUGUCAUAAAUUACACGUUGUAUGUUGUUCUCA